AUGGGAAUUUUCGUUGGAAAAACAACACCUAAAGUGCUGGAUAAAGCAAUAGACUUUGAAAAUAAGGUGUCGAUAUUAAAGUCUGAAAAGCCAGAUAAAGCUGCAGAAUUGAACAUUAAGAAAGCUUGGCAGUUGGCAGCACUCAAAGCUCAAGGCGUUAAAGUAAAAACAGAUAUCUCCAAAAUAAAGAAGACCACAAAGAAAUUAGAGAAAAAGAAACAGCAAAGCGCCAAGCGGUGGCAGGAGCGACAGAAGUUGGUUAAACUGGAGCAUUCCCUUAAACAAAGGAAACGACAACGGAAUAUUGACAACAGACGAGUUAGCAAACGUUCGAAAAAAUAUAAACGCUUGGUUAAAAGGGGUCAUAUCCUUCCUGAACUUCCUAAAGAGUAG